AUGUGUUGCUGCAGCGCCACGACGACUAGAACCACCUCCAUUCUAUUCUGGCGAUCGCCUCUGGCCUGCGCUGCGGCUGCGGGCAAGUGCGGGCAGCGUCAUUGUCUACAUCAUCAUCUACAAAAUACUACGGGCGUUUUCUGUCAAAGUGCCAUAGAGAGCGCACAGAACGACCAUCUCACGGUGGCGCAAUCUUUGAUUGACAAUCGGGAAGCACAUAUUGAGAGGUUGCGAACUCUCUUUGAAGAGUUGGGCACCGAUUGUGGCAUUACCUUCCAUGCGUUCGAAGAAAAAAUGGCUGACCCGGCUGUGCGAGAGUAUUUCGAGACUUUGGGGAUCAACGUUUAUGACGCAUGGUCCUUCUUCAAACUCUUGGAUGCGGACGGUGGCGGUUGCGUGGAGGCAGAGGAGUUCUUUGAGGGCUGCUUGAGGUUUCGGGGCCAGGCGCGGGCCGUUGAGGUGGGGAAAGUGCUUCAAGAUCAGCAGUGGCUCAUCAGGAGCCAAAGUAAGUUCCAAUCCUUUGUGGCAGAGGAACUGAACUCCCUGCAACUUCGGUUUUCGGGGCUGGUGGAUCUGAUCUCAGCCACCAGCCCGAGCAUGUCAAGGAUCCACGGCAACGACGAUGGGACGCACGCGCGAACGCGCGAGCUCUAA